AUGAACCUUAUUGAUGUUCCUUGUGUUGAAAACUUGUUUACUUGGUUUAGCGGUGAUGGAAGAUCGAUGAACAGACUGGAUAUAUUCCUUCUUUCUGAACCUUUAGUUGAGCUUUGGGGAGUGAUGGGUCAAGUUACUAGUAAGAGAGACAUUUUAGACCAUUUCUCAAUUUGUCUCAAGGUGGAUAAAGUUGAUUGGGAUCCCAAACCGUUUAAAGUCAACAAUUGCUUGUUUGAAAACAAAGAGUUUAAGGAUUUUGUUAAGAAGGAAUGA